AUGAGGAAGGCAUCAGAAAUCAUUAUUCCUAUAUUAGUUCCUUGGGACAGGGAGUUUAUUCCUGUUGCAAGUCCCAGCGAACGCUUGGCUGCCUUACACCAAACAGGAUCUCUGGAUGAUUACGCCAACGAAUUUCGAGCGAGAGCAGCCCAAGUCCCAGGCCUGGAUUCACAACUUCAGCUAGGGUUUUUCUUACAUGGACUCAAGGAAGAAAUAAGGGUCCGCUUGCGCCCAUAUGAUGUGCUCGAUCUACGAACAGCCAUGAAAGUUGCUCGGUCAGUUGAGCGAGAAUUGGAUUUCCUAAAUUCCAGAUCUGGAAGAUUUACUGGGUAUGGUUUGGGCUUCCAAUCCAGGCCCAUUAAUCCAUCUCGUUUUGAACCACCAAAACUAAACAUCACCUCAACAACCGGCCCAAAUAAGAAUUCUGCAGCCCAGUACAAGCCCAAUGAUCACUUCAGACUACUUCAAGGCGGCACAGGUUCCUCCUCUUCACAAAUACCGCGACAUAACACAACAACACAAAAAAGUAGAGUGGCACGCCAAUACUCCCAUCAAGAAUAUUUGGACAUGCGUGCAAAGGGGUUGUGUUUUCGCUGCAAGCAACCGUACAGCCCGAUGCAUGAUUGCCCUCAAAAAUCAUUGCGCGCUCUCAUCGCAGCAGAAGACGAGAACACUGAUGUUAUCUCCGACUUCGGACUAGAAGAAUCACAACAACAUCAAGCAGAAAUCAAUGACAUUGAAUACUGCCUCUUGCUCUGGCAGAUUACAUCAUCAACGCUAAUUAUAAAUAAAGCCUCCUUAGAUGAGGAAGGCAUCAGAAAUCAUUAUUCCUAUAUUAGUUCCUUGGGACAGGGA